AUGAACAAAACGUUAACCAUAUUUAUAGAGUUCUGCCUCCUAUUGAUAUUUGGAGUUUAAUUGUCUGGCUCUAUUCAAAUUCAAUGUAAGAGUAUUAUUUUAACUAUCUCAGGUUAAAAAGAUGAGUUCUACAAUAUUGAAGAUUCAAGAUGCAAAAAAUGUGAAUCGGCAAUUGUUGGAUGCAUAUCUUGCGAUACAGUAACUGUGAACUCGAAUUUAUUCGUAGUCUGUGAUAUUUGUUUUGACGGAUUCUUUUUGCUUCAGAGUGAAACUUUUAAUUCUAACUUUCCAACUUAAUACUCUUAAUGUGGUGUGGAGAGCAUUGUCAGUCUUGCAAUUUAAAGCAUGGAUGUGAAAAAUGUGCUGCUGAAGACUAAAAUAUGGGAUGGGUUUCUGCUAAAUUACCUUCUAGUUAAUAAUAUUAUUGGCAAACUUUUCGUCAAUGCAAGGUGCAAUCCAAAUGAUAUUAACAUCUGUACAGACUGUAAUGCUCCAGUUAAUCAGCUUGUCCCUUAUUCGGGCAUUGGAGCAUAAUGCGUCGUGAUGUCAAAGGGUGUUUUUAACGUAAUCAACUUUUUAGAGUUAAAAAUUUUAAAUAUAGAUCGAGAUGGAGCUAAAUGCAUAAUUCCCACUGAUAGUAAUUACUGCAACAUUUGUACUUAUGGACUGAGUACAGGAGAAAACUUAGAUGGAUACAAUUCUUGUUUAGAUUAUAACUAAGAAGUGAGCGUUACUGGAUGUAGGGAUGCUUAUGCAGAAGAUGAUUAAUGCAAAACUAGUUGUGGAGCAGGAAGAUAUGGAGUAGCAGUUUAUAAUUUUAGAGCAAAAUUAGAUCAAUCAUAUUGUGCCUCCUGCCACUCAAGUUGCUAUGAAUGUGGAGGAUCCUCUGCUGACAGUUGUAAAUCUUGUAACAAGGGCUAUUACUUACAACUUACAGACAGGACUGUUCAAAUGGGAACAUGCUAGCCUAAAUAAGAAGGGCAUUAAGAUUUUUAAAUUUAUGUGAACCCAUGGUAGAUUUUCAAUUCAAAAGAUUCUGAUUAGCAAGAUGGUUCAUAUAAAAACGCCUUUAAUUCUAUCCAAGAUGGACUUGCAAAUGCUUAUGAGCUAGGAGCAAGUUAUACCUCAGCUACGGUUGAAAUUCUCCUUAAAGAUGGCGGUCAUGCUAUGGUCAGGAACAAACCAACUGAUAAAUACAUGCCAUUAAAAUUAGACUAGUACUCAGCAACAACUCAAGUCAUAAUUAGACCUGAGGAUGGGGCAGAUCAGAUAAAUAUAAACUAUAAACUUAGAGAUUCCUUUAAGUUCAAGGUAGGGGGUUCAUUGACACUAUAGAACCUAAAAUUUGAUGCAAUAGAUUCAUCAGUAGAUAUGGCUCUAGACUAAAUAUUUCUAUGCUCAUAGAAUAACAUAAUCAACUGCUGCCGCAUCGAUGCUGAUGGAGAUUAUGCAGGUGGAUUAUCAUGCUUUUUUACUAGAAAACCAACAGAGGAGUGUUAUGGAGCUUUUGGUACAAGCUUCAUUCAAUUUGAAAUCAAUAAGAAUAGUAUGCUUACAGUACCUCCAACUCUGACUAUAGAGAACUUUAUUUAUGAGUACAACAGUUUCAUUGAGCUCAAUGAGUAUGGAGGGCAUAUUAAACUAACUAAUGUGACAUUUGACAAUAUGAAUUCAUGUGGGGCUAUUAUUAGGAAUUAGUUUGCCUAUGUCACUCCAUAAAUAGAAAUAACAGACUUCAAAACUGCUUACUAAUCAAGAUCAAGUUCAUACCAAGCGACUCUAUUUGAAGAAUAUUAGCAAAGCAUUAGUAAUCUUGCAAUAUAUCAACUAACAUGCCAAAAUAAAAAUUUGAUAUCUGGGCUGAAUCCUUGCCACACAAUACUUAUAGAGAACUCGAAUUUUACUAAUUUUGGUAAAAUGAAAGAAGUUUCAACCUAUCCUGUCGCAGUAGAUCCUCAAUAUAAACUGCAAAUUCAAGGGAUGAUAAUCGACCUAGAUGGAUUCCAAGGCACUCUUAAACUCCUUAAUAAUGAAUUCAACACUAACUUGAUAAAGUAUGAGUCUUGUUUGAUGGCAUAAUACAUAGACUAGUUGACAUUAAAUCCAGAGGACAACUACCCUAUUUAUGGUGCUAAAACAACAAUCUAGAUAAAAACUUGGAUUUCUCUUGUAAAUCAUGGAGACUGGAGUAUAGAUAUUGUGAGAAACACUUUCAAAUAUAUGACUUCAGUCAAGGGUUUGAUCUACCUCGACCUAGGACCUCGAUCUAGCAAUAGUCCUAUAUUAAUUGCAAUGAAUACAUUCUUUCAAAAUGGAGCUUAUUUUGACAGUUCAGUGAUUCAUAUAAAGGCUAGGGGAGGAUUAUUAUAGAAUGUGUUUAAAGAUAUUCCAUUAUAAGGUGACAUGUUUUGCACUGGAUAUCACUUUGAGUAAAACGUGUUUGAGAAAAACUACGGAUGUUUCAAAUACUCUGGUGGGGCUAUCAAGUUUCAAUGUUUAAACUAAAAUACUCCAGAUUCCAGUUUAAAUGGACUUGUUGAUUAUUAAGACAUAGAUUGGUUUUUUCAAGCAGCUCAUUAUAAAGUAGACUAUAGUCUUUAUUUUGAAAAUUUCCAAGAAAAGACUUAUUAUGAGCAUAAUUUCAAAAUUGAUCCUGAAGUAAACAGGUUCAGAUCUAAUGUCUUCAAAGAGAAUUUAGGUACUGGCAAUCAAGGAUUGAUAAAUAUCAUUGGAUCUCCUAGGACUUUCUUUGAAAAUGACACAUACCUAGGAAAUGGUGAAUCGUCUUUGGAAUCAACAACAGCCUAUGGCAAGACUAAAUACAUCAAACCUUCAGAAGAAAUAGAAAAAUUAGGAUUUACCUUACAUUUAAGUCAGCUUACUGAUCCUACUAAUUUAAUGAGGACAAUGAUUUAUAUAAGAAGAAGUGAAUAACUGAAGAUAAUAAACUGCACAUUUGAGUAUAACUGGUUAUAUGAGCCCUUCUACUAUGCAGAGAGAACCUAACUAAUUGAGAUUAGAGAUUUUUAUGGAUAAUUUCAUCUUGAUGGAUGGACAGUAAAGAAUUAAAUAGGCAUGCUAGAUAAUCCUUAUGGACCAGUAAAAUUUGGAGUAGCAGCCUAUCCUGCAAGUUAAAGAGACAAAGCAUCUUUGCAUCCCUUACUUAGGUUUACUGGCAACCAAAUGAUGAAAGCAGUAGAUCAUUUCAAAACCUUUACAUAUAUGAAGAAUAUCUAAUAUCAGGAAUUCAAUAAUCCAGAUGGCACAUUGUUUCCAUACUAUGACAGAAAUUCUGACAAUGAUGUCUAUAUCCAUAUUACCAAUAUCACAAUGAAUAACGCUUACUUUUAAGACAUUGAUUGCCAUUUAUGCUCUAGGCCAUGGAUAAGGUUUUAAUCAGAAGUAACUACUUUAAACAAUGUGACUUUUAAAAAUAUUAAUGGAUAAACUUUACUAACUGGACAUUAUUCUACAGCUCCAUUCAUCAUGUUUUUCAUAAGGAAAAUUUACUUUAACAUAAAUUACUCACCAAGAUUAAUAACUGAGAAAAUCAUAUUUAAUGAAGUCAAAUUGGAAAACUUUUUCGCAACAGAAGGUUCAAGAAUGUUUGAAAUCUAAAGAUAAGCUGUAUUAGGAGAUAUAAUUCCUACUGAUUAUCAGAUUUUUAUAGAAAAUAGUUCAUUUAGCGGUGCUUACUCUUAUGGCUCGGCCCCUUUGUUUAAAAUUGAUGGGAACUGGCUAUAACUUUGGGUCUUUAAUUCUAGCUUUAAUAAUAUUACUAGUGGCUAUCAAGCAUCUGGUGGAUACAACGGGGCAGCAUUUUUAGUGUAGCAAAUAAGAAAUAUACAUAUAGAAAAAGUGACUGCCAUAGACAUUAUGAAUCCAGCCUCAUAGUUUGAUGGGAACUUUACUAUCGGAUGUGGAAGAUUUCUAUGCUUCUUAGAUCCUGUUUAUAUAACCUUAGUAAAUAUCACUGAUAGUUUUUUCUUGGGAGAAACAAUGCCUAUAUACUAGUAAAAAUCAGAGGAUUAAAUAUACUAGAUAAAAAAUGAACUCUAUCAUCAAGCUUCAAUGUUUGAAUUCAGGCUUGCUUACGAUUAUAUCACAUUGACCAUUAUUAGAACAACCUUCUUUAAUUGCAGUGUUAGCAGAACUGGCAGUUCCUUUUUCCUCAGAACAACUGGAAUAAAGACUAUAGACAUAGUAUCAAGUCAUUUUUAGGGGAAUGCAGCAAUAACAGGAGGUGCAAUAUUUUGUAGUGAUUGUUAUUUCACCAUUUUUAAUACUAGUUUCGACACCAAUGUUGCUAAGUAUGGUUCUGACCUACAUUUACUUGAUCCAAUUAUUCCAGUCAUAACUUUAGAAAGCAUAAAUUCCAGAAACAGUUAUUCUCUGUUAAAUGGUGGAUCUAUACAUAUCAAAGAUACUUCAUCUAUUGAUUAUUUUAUCAAGAUCAUCAGAGGAACAGGAGAAAAUUCUUCAUUUACAAACUCAUAUGCUGCUAAUGAUGGAGGAGCAAUAUUCUUGGAGAUUAAGGGUAAUCUCUAUUUAGAUAUUUAUGAUACUUAUUUUGAAAAUAUACAAGCAGGCUAAAACGGAGGAGUCAUUAUGGUUCCUUAAAUAUAAUACGCAGUUUAAAUUAUGUACAUAACCCUGAAAAAUUGUGUAAUGAAUAAUAUUCAACUAAAGAACGGAGGUGGUGGUGCUUUUUAUGUCAAUGACAAUGCCAAUAUACUGAAUUUGAAAGUAUACAAUUCUUCAUUUACCAAGAUUAAAAGUUCUAAAAAUGGAGGGUUAGUGUAUUCUGGAGCAUAGCUUUUGCUUGAUCUUAGUUUUAGCAAUGUGACAGUUGAUGACUGCUAGGCAUAAAAUGGAGGAUUAAUCUAUUUCCAAACUGAUCUGGCUUAUGUUAAGAUUCUUGAUAAUUCUACCAUAAAGAAUUCUAAAGCAUAGUUAAAUGGAGGAGUUUUGUACAUCAAUAAUCCACCAGCUACACUGUAUAUCACUCUAAAUUCAGUUAAUAUCUCUGGCUCCUCGGCUCAAGAAGGUGCAGGUGGAGUAAUUUAUGCAAGCGCUACAUAUAUCACAUAUGAAUUCGAUCUGUAGACGAAUAUUACAAAUUCAUAUGCCAAUAGAGCAGGAGUGUUAUUCACAAACGCUUCAACAUAAUGGCUUAACAUAUAUAAAACCACAUUUAAUUAUUCUGAAUCAAAGUAAGAAACUGGAGGAUUUUAUGUCUAUUCCAGGGUAACUACUUACCUCAAGAUUGAUAAAAACUGUUCCAUGAGACAUUUCAAAAGUGGAUAUAACGGUGGAGUAUUCUAUAUUCACAGUCGAUGGAUUUGGAUGACUGUUUAAGAUUUAGAGGCUUCAAAUACCAGUUCUAAUGAUCAUGGCGGCUUUCUAGUAACAUCUGAUACGUCUAAAUUUAUCGAUAUCAAAAUACUGAAUUCCUCGUUCCAUAAUACCUCAGCUUUAGAAAAAGGAUCCUUUUUGUACAUCAGAGCAGGAGAUUAUAAUGAUCUUCCAUCAGUAACCAUCGAUAUUAGAUACACCUAAUUCUCUUGCAGAGACUAUACAUUUUAUGAUUAAUGGCCAACUGGAUAUAUUAAUAUUGUCUAAGAUUUAGAGAAUGGCCUUAACCUCAUAGCUGGUUUAUUUUCUUUUGACCCUCUCGUGACAGGUGAGAUUAUUUCAAUAACAAAUGAGUUCUCUAGAUGCUUUAAUACCUAUGAAGGCUCAAUAUUUGCUAUUCCUAAGUUAAUGAGACUAGAUGAUACUUCGUCUUUUUACGAGUUAAAUGGUGGUCUCAAUGGAUUAGUGAGUGCUUAGUCUAGUUUAAUUAACCUUAAUAAUGCCUAUGUAAAAGACUCACUUUCUAAGUAUUCUGGAUUUGUACAUAUGGUGAAUAAUGCCUCAGUUUCAAUCAAUAAACUUCGAGUUAAACUUAUAAAAACCUUAUAAUAAGGAGGUGCUUUCUAUACUGAAGGUUAUGGCCAAACUAUACUUAAGAUUUUAGACUGCCAAGAUACUAUCUAAUAUUUUGACUCUUAAUAAAAUGGGGCUUUUAUGUAUAAUUCCAAUCCAUAAUUAGACUUAAAUAUUACUAACUGUGAAAUAGCUCAUGUUUAUUCAGCUGCUGAUGGAGGACUGUUAUAUUUCGAGAGUGGAGAUCAGAUCAAGUUGUACAAUGUGACCCUAAAGAAUGUCUCAGCUUAUGGACAAGGAGGAUUUUUAUACUCAACUUACCCAGAUAUGUUUAUAAAUGUUACAAAGGUUAAUUUGACAUGUACCGAUGAGAGUGAUUAUGACAUCAUAGAUAUUAAUAUAGAUGUAAAGAGAAAUAAAUCUUCCCAAGGUUCAAUGUUUUAUCUUAAAAAUAUCUAGGAUCUUUAUACUAAGGAUAACUAUUUCGCAAAUUGUAAGAUAGCUGAUAAAGGAGGAAUAUUUUAUCUUGAGGACUCUUGGAUAGAGGACAGAAACUCAACAUAUAUCCAAAAUGUAGCACUUCAAGGUGGUAUUUUUUAUUUCAAGAAUGCUAAGAUCAGUUUGUAUCAGACUAAAAUUAAUAGUUCACUAGCCUAUUCUGGAGGAUCAUUUUAUUUAGUUGGGUCGAAUAAUUUAACUAUAUAAGGAAUGCAAGUCUAUUACAGUGAAUCAGUUGGAGAUGGUGGUUUUAUCUACAUUUUAGAUCCUACUGCAAGGAAUGAUAUAGCCCUUAUAGAGAAAAUAAACUACACAGUCAGUAUAAAUAAUCUGAUGAGUAGAUAGGGCAACGGUGGUACUUUCUAUAUCGAUUGCCCUUCGACAUAUAUCUCAUUGAACAAUAUUGAAAUAAGAAAUACAUCAGCAUUAUUAAGUGGUGGUUUUGCUAAUAUUUAAAAUGCAAAGACUUUAUAUAUUACAAGUUCAUAAAUUUACUCAGCUAGUAGUAUUAAUCAUGGAUCAAUAGUCUAUUCCUCUUCUAAUGAUGGUACUUUUGUUCUUGAUAACAGUGUAUUCGAUUGCUAAGGCUAGACUUUUCCUUAAAUAGACACUGCUGACAAAUUAACAAACAUGGUUUUUACUAAUGGUGGAGCAUUUUAUCUAAAGAGUGCCAAAAACAUUGAUUCUAAUGGUAAUACCUACCAAAACUGCUACGUCGCAGAACAGGGAGGCAUAUUCUAAUUUGUUAAUACAAAUUUCAAGGAUAUAAAUUCUAUAUACAGGAAUAAUGCAGCACUUAUCGGUGGUGUGUUUGUCUGCAUUAACUGUGACAUAUACCUCAAAAAUAUUAAGGUUUACAAUUAAAUGGCUAAUAAAGGAGGAUUCAUAUAUAUAGAGGAUAAUGUAAACUUGACUCUGGAUAAUUUUGUGGCUGAAGGUGCAAAAUCAAUAGUCGGAGGUGGGUUUGCAUAUGCAAUAUAAAAGGACAUUAAUUCAAAGGGUUAAAUUAUAUUUAAGAACAAUGGAGUAAUGUCUGAUUUCUCCUCUCAAUAUAAUGGUGGUGGAUUUUUCAUAGAUCAUAAGGAAUUUAGUUUUUAUAUAGAAGAUCCAAUAUCAAUAUAGAAUAGUAAUGCUUUAAAUGGGAAUGGUGGACUGUUUUACAUUUUAAAUGGAAGAGAUAUAUAAAUUUAAGAUUCCACUUUUAUUGGCUUCAGUGCCUCUGGCAACGGCUCAAUGAUAUAUUCAAAUACUCAAACUCUUAAUCUUACCUUGGUCAAUAACGUUAUUAAAGGAAGUACAGAAUAAUGGUCUAAUUAUUACGGAGAUGAUUUAAAUGUAACAAAGAAAGGUGGUGCUAUAUAUGUUAAGGAUUUGAUUUCUAAUAUUAUAUCAUCUCGAAAUUAAUUUGGCAAUACUUACAUUGCUCAUACUGGUUCUAUAUUUACACUUAUUAAUUCCACUUUGAAUGACUCAUAUUCAAGUUAUUAAUAUAGUAAGGCAAAGUUGGGUGGAGCAAUUUAUUGUGACAAUUGCAAAUUGAACCUAAAAAAUAUUGGCUUUGAUCAUAAUCAAGGAUACUAUGGAGGAUCCCUUUACGUUAUAAAUCACAAAGAUUAGUUGAACAUAAUUGACUGUACAUUUACUAAUCAACUAAGCUAACAGCAUGGAGGGAUUUUAUAUCAAAACGGGGAAACACUUGGGGAAAUUCAUAUCAUUAAUCCUAUCAUUACGGUUUCUGAAUCUUCAAAUUAGGGUGGAGCUUUUUACCUUAAUAAUCCUAACUCUAUAAUUACAGUAAGAAACAUGAUAUUAGGUUCGACUUAUGCUUCUAAAGAAGGUGGUGUAUUUUAUAUAAAUAAAGCAUCUGAACUAUAUAUUAUUGACUCUUAAUUUCAUAACUUCAGCUCAUAAACUAAAGGAAGCUUGAUGUAUUCUACAUCAGCAAAUUUUAAACUUAAGGUUAUUAAUAACAAGAUCUUCUGUAGAAUAAAGUCUUUCAAUUAUUCUGAAGACUUAGCUGGAAACAUAGAUUCUAUUUUACCUUAUAUUACCAAUGCUGGUGCGAUUUAUGUGUCUAAUGCGAUGAAUGUAUCAGUAAUGUAUAAUCAAAUCUCAAAUUGUUAUCUCAGUGAUACUGGCGGAGUAUAUACUCUAAAAAAUACAAGCUUAGAUGAUGACAGCAAUAUAUACAAGAACAAUGCAGCUUUUCAGGGUGGAGUGCUUUAUUCUGAAUCCUCAAACGUCACGGUGAACAACGCAACUAUCAAUAACUCUUAUUCAAUUUAUGGAGGUGUAUAUUAUCUCAAACAAGUUAAUCCCUUAAAUAUUACGAACUCAUCAUUCACAUUCAACAAUGCCAUUAAAGAUGGAGGAUUUGCUUAUUUAACAGACGAUGGAGCUCAAUCAAACAUAUAUCAAUUACAAAUCAAUAAAAGUCUAAUUAGUGAUUCUUAAUCAGGAAUUUCUGGAGGAGUAUUCUAUGUCAAUUCCAAAUCUAUCAGAAAUAUAACUUUCAAUCGUAUUGACAUUUUAAGGUCCAAAACAACCUAAUCAGGAGGUGUUGCUCAUAUUGAAUCAAUGAAUGGAACUAUGACUAUUACCACUGAAAAUGGCUUAACAAAUUCUAUCUCUGAAUUUGAAGCAAAAGGUUUUGGAUCUUUAGUCUCAAGUUUGACUUCAUAAAAUUUUAGCCUUUCUCUCAAUAACACAAUUGUCCAAGCGAGAUCGAUUUAUAGCAAAGUUAAAGUAGAGUAAGAUGUGCUAUUCUAGACUUCAUCAGCAGGAGCAUUUUACAUUUAGAGUUCAAAAUAGGGAGUAGUGUCAUUUAAUAAUAUAUACAGAAAUUGCUACACUGGUCUCACUGGAGGAGUAUUCACACUUAUUGAUUCAUAGCUAGUUGAUUAUGGCUCCAGAUUCUAUCAAAAUGCUGCUAUUUCUGGAGGAGUAUUCAAAUGUGACUCGUGCACUUUAAAGCUUAAUAGCACUAACAUCCAAAAUAAUUAUGCUUAAAAUGGAGGAGCUUUCCUUCUUGACAAUAAGGUCAAAGUAGAUCUGUUUAAUACAAUCUUAAGCUAUAAUGAGGCAGUAUAAAGAGGAGGAGUAUUCUCAAUUGUAAAGACAGCAUUUGGAAACUCAGGAGAUAUUUAUCUUUAAAUUUAACAGUCAACCUCAAUAACAGGGAAUAUUGCUAAUGAAGGUGGAUUUAUCAAUGUAGAGAAUGAAUAUAUGAGUAUCAAUAUUUCUAACUCAAAGUUAGAAUCGAUUUCCGCAAAAGAAUAAGGGGGCUUAAUAAAUGCUCUGAAAGCUAGUAGUAUUUCAUUCCUAAGUUGUAAAAUUAAUGAUUUUUAAGCUGAAAACGGAGCUGGUAUUUAUUCUAUUUCUGAAACUGUAUCAAUAAGCAUUACUAAAUCUUCAAUUAUCUGUAAUCAGCUAUUUGACAUUAGUACAAUCGGAACUUAUUUAAAUAGGGAUGAUUAGCAAACAACUCAAUAGUCGAAUUUCUUCAUUUAAAAGGCCGUUAAAUUUACCUCUGAAUUGAACAAAUUUUAGAGCUGCGGAGUAGCUGAGCUUGGUGGAGUAUUUUAUUUACAAAAGACUAACUUCUUUGAUACUAAGUCGACAUUUUCUUAUAAUGCAGGAGCAUAAGGUGGAGUAUUUUUGAUAAUUGAAAGCAAUGUAUCGCUAAUCCAAACAGACAUUUAAAACAACUAUGCGUAUCAAGGAGGAGUAAUGUCUGUCUAUCAGGAUUCUUAUAUAUAUUUAUUCUCCUGCUAAUUCAUCAACAACAUAGCAUAUUCUCUUGGGGGAGUACUCAAUAUGAAUACAUAAUCCUACUUUAACAUUGUUGGCUCUCUUUUUCAAAAGAACUAUGCCCCAGAAUCUUCUGUGAUAUCUGUCUUAGGAGGGAGUACUUCAAAGAAUAACACAAUCUUGAAUUCAAACAUAAUUAGCAACAAUGCCACGACAAAUACGCUAUCUAUGAUGUACGGUAAUAUUGUAAUUAAAUCUUCGAGCUUUGAAAAUAAUAAUGCCACUUUCAGAUCUAAAAACAUAUUCUUAGGAUUUGCUAAUGCUGUGAUUGAAAAUACAAAGUUCACGAGUCUCACUACAUCAGAUGAACUUGAAUCUGUGAAUUCAGAAUUUACGAUUGGAACAUUUAUCUACAUAAUAUUUGAUGUUGAUAUCUCUAUAAGUUCUUGUAUAUUCUAAAAUGGUAGAUCAUCAUUAGGAGGGGCAAUUUAUAUAUCUGGGGAUAGCAAUAUUAGGAUAUCUUCAAGCUAAUUCCUGAAUAAUUAUGCCAAGCUAUAAGGGGGUGCAAUUUACUCAGUUGGAUUUAAGAAUCUAGAAAUUACUGGGGGAUCUAUAUUUAAAAAUAAUUUGGCUAUUGAUUAAGGAGACGAUAUUUUUGCAUCGAAUACGGAAAACACAUUAACUCUUGACAAAGUCAAUAUUACGAACCCUAAUGCUAAAUGCUCUAUAUUUGCAGAGUAGUUAUAAAUAACAAUAUCUAGGACUGGAUUUAAGAAUAUCAAAGGUAAAGGCAGUGAGAAUGGUGCUGCUCUUUACUGUUCAAAUUGUAAGAAAAUAAACAUUAGCGAGAGUAAUUUCAUUAAUCUUGAGAGCAAAUUAGGUGGUGCAAUAUUUAUCACUGAAACAGAAGUAAAUAAAAAAUCUAGUGAAAAAUGGGGGAAAUAUCUUAUCAUAGAUUCAUCUUUCGAAUAAUGCAAAGCUACUUAAACUGGAGGAGCAAUCUAUCUUGAUAAUUCAUAAUAUAUGACCAUCCAAUCUACAUUGUUCAAGCAUAACUAAGCACUUUAUUCCAAAACAGCAAUUAAUCAAGAUAUCUCAGGAGCUGGUGGUGCUAUUUAUUUUACUUGCAAUGAGUAAGUUGCAAAUUGCAAAUUUGAUAUAAUAAGAAUGAGCACCUUUUAAUAAAAUACAGCUGGGGUAAAAGGGGGUGCAAUUUAUUGGGAUGUUAUUGAACCGAUUUUCGUCUCAAGUGACAUAAAGUUUAAAGAUAAUUCUGCGAAGUACUAUGCUAAUGAUGUAGCCUGCUUUUCCUAAUAAUUAGAUGUCAUCUCAGAGGUGAACUAUUAGAAACAUCUUAAGGCGGUAGGUUUGCUGGAGUCUCUUGAUUUUAGAGAUCUAAUCAAGUAAGAGAAGGUGAUUAAAGAUUCUUGGUAAAAACGAACACUUGAUGGCAUUGUUAAUGAUAGUUAAGGUAAAGUAGAAUCCUUAAGAAGUGGUGGAUCAAUUCCUGUAAUCUAUUUAGCUCAUGUUGAUAAAUAUGGCCAGAUAGUGGGCUCAGAUUUUUCAAGCAAGGUGAGAGUCUCAGUGAAUUCAUCCUCUAACACUGAUCCCAAGGCUCUGGUGUUUCCUCCAAGUAUAGAAGGAUCAACUUCAUUUGAAGCCUCAGCUGGCAUAGCAAUUGUCAAAGAUUUCAGCUUUGCCGCUACUCCUGGCUUCUCGUAUAGUCUUUCUUUUUCCUCAGAUGGAAUAAAUACAAAUAAAUUGUCCAACAAAAACUUUCUGAAAAAUAGUGGCUGGAAAACCAAUCUAGACACUGAUGUAAUAAUUGAGUUAAGAGACUGCGAGCUUGGAGAGCAGUAUACAACUGGUGGUAAAUGCAUGUCUUGUCCAAAUGGAUAGAGUUUUUCCCUCGCAAAAAUGACUGAGCCAGGUGAAUGUAGCACCUGUCCAACAGAAAAAGCUGUAUGCAAUGGUGGUUCAAAUAUAGGACCGAAGUCUGGUUACUGGAGGAAAAAUAACUAUACCUCAACUUUUGUUAAAUGUCUUUACUCACCAGCUUGUCUUGGAAUGGUUCCACCUGAUUUUAACCCAAAAGGCUCUUGUUCAGAGGGCUACUAAAACAUACUUUGUUCAGAUUGUAAAAUAGGAUUUUCAAGAACAAAUGAUUAUGAAUGCUAACUAUGUCCUGACAAAAUUUAGAAUAUUUUGAGACUAGUGUUCAUAUUUAUUGGGCUAGUUCUUGUUGUUAUUUUCAUAGUUAGAUCAACUUUGAUAGGAGCUAAGGAAAAGAAUAAUAUCACAAGUAUUUUCAUGAAGAUACUACUUAAUCAUAUUUAACUGAUACUUCUAACUGCUUCUUUUGACUUUGAAUGGCCCAGUGAAGUUCUGCAGUUAUUUGAUACCGCGAAACCUGUAGCUGCAAUUUCAACUCAAAUCGUAAGCUUUGAUUGCUUUCUUGACCAAAGAGAAGAAAAAUAUGAGCCAGAUUCCUCAAUAAGUGUACUUAAAGAAUCAGACAAAAUCAGAAUAUUCUUCCAGAAGCAAAUAUUCCUUGCAGUCUUACCUUUCGUACUGACAAUAUUUUCAGUUUUAGCCUGGCAGCUUAUCAGAUUAGUAAAACGGAAUUAAUUGGAAAUAUCUGGAAGAACUAUAUCGACUAUGGUGAUAGUCCUUUUUCUAAUUCACCCAAACAUAGUCUAAUACAUGUUUUACAAUUUCAAGUGCAUUGAAGUAGAUUUUGAAUCUAGGGUGCUUAAUGAUUUAGAGAUUAUGUGUUGGAAUGAUCAACACAGGAUAUUUAGUUAUUUCGUAGCGGCCCCCAGCAUAAUUGUGUGGGGUGUCGGUAUUCCAGCUUUUGCUCUGAUUAUUAUGAAUCGAUUUAAGCGUAAUCUUGAUUAAAUAGAAAUCAGAGAGAAAUUUGGAUUUCUUUAUAGAGGAUACAGGACUGAUUUUUAUUUUUGGGAGAUUGUCAUUAUGUAUAGGAAAAUGCUUUUGAUCUUUAUUGCGGUAUUCAUUGGGAAUUUAGGAGUGAUUGCUUAAGCUCUUAUAGUAUUUAAAAAACCUUAUGGAACUAUUGCUCUGAAUGACUUAGAGACACUCUCAUUAGUUACAUCUAUGAUUUCAGUAUAUUGCGGACUCUUCUUUAUUGCUAAUAAGCCGGAAGAUUGGAUUCGAGAUAAUCCAGAUUACUCAUCAGGUUCUAUAGCUCUAACUAAUGCUUCUUAACUCUUCUUUUUUGGAGUGAUAGUCUUUUGUAACUUGACAUUUUUAAUUUACUGGGCUGUAAAAAUGUACUUUGAAAUAAGAGCCAAAUUUAGGAAAAUAUUGCCAAAGGUAUAUUUAGUUCUCUGCCUAUGUAUGGAUAAAAAUAAAUUUGAUCACGAAAAUAAAACCUAUGAAAUGUAACUUGUGAAUGAAAGUCUGAAAGAGUAGUAUCUGAAAAACUUAUCAGCCUUAAAGAAUAUGUAUUACUCUGGAGAAAUUAUGCUGAAUCAAUAAAAUCUUGAGAAAUUAUUAACUUACCUUAACCCAUAAACAGUUAAAGAGUUAACAUUACGAUAGACUGAAGGUGAAUUGUAAGAGCAAGAAAAAUUUAAUAAGAGAUGGACAAGAAUAUAAGAGGAUUAAGUAAGAGCUAAAUUAGGCUAUAAUAAAGUUUAAGACUACAAAGCUGCAUAAGAAAUUGGAUUAAUUGAGUAAUCUCCAAAAGCUUAGCACAGGCUUGAGAGUGCCAAGACCAACUUCUCUCGAGAUAAAAGGUCUAUACUAAUAGACUAAGCAUUUAUCCUUGAAGAUACAGAUAAAAAGAGACCUAAUGGAAGUCCUGAGACCCAACAAGACUCAAUGAUAGUAAAAACAGGAACUCAAAAUCACCAAAACCUUAGCGACCAAGGUUUCAAUUCAUUUGAAAGUCAUCUCUAUGAAAGCUAGGAUUCUGAAUACUAGAUAAUGUCCACUGGGAGAGAAUUACUGAUACAUUUAGAUGAGAAUGAAUCAGGCGAGCUAGCAUCUAUCUACUUCAGUGAAAUAGAUCAUUAUGACAAAGAAUUGAAAUUGAUCAAUGAUAUUAAAAAGCUAGAUGAAUAGAAUUAGCAGAUCAAGUAAAUAGAUGAAAUUGGAAAAAUAGCUCGAAGAAAAAGAUUGAACAAAAAAAGGUCAACUCAAAAUUAUGAGAGUUCAGUGAAUCAACAUAUUUCAAAAUCCCCAAACCUAUAAUAAAAGCUUGAUGAAGAGGAUUUGGAAAUUGAAGAUGAAAAACUUGAUGAAAUAAAAGAUUCUGUAUAGAGGAAGAUUAGUGUUGAAAUCUUGGAAUCUGACAACUCGUACGAAUAAGUUAACCCAUAAUUCACUGAAUCAGAUUUUAACCACUUAUCUCUAUAUAAAACACCUCAAACUAAUCUUAAAAUGCAGAAUGCAGCAAAAUAAGUAGUUUAAAGCAACAACUUCCUUUAAGUAAUCAAGUAAUAGAGGAUGCCAAGUAAUAGAUAAAUUACAAAGGAAUAACUGGAAAUUGAAAGAGAAAAUGAACUUAAAGAUUAGAUGUCACAAGCAACACUGAAACGAUUUAACUUCAAAAAAUAGAUCAGGACUGAAUCAUAAAUGAUGCUUGGAGAUUUGUCAACACAAAAUCUCGAUUAGUUAUUCAAGAGUGUUUAGGAAUAAGCACUGUUGGACAAUAAUGAUGCAGCUAGCUAGAAUUAGGCAUCAAGUCUAGGUAUAAAUUCUAGUGAGAUUAAACCUGAAACAGAUGCUAAGAGCAGUAAUAUAUUUAAUUAGGCAAAUUUGAAAAUCAAAGAACUUGCUAAUUAGUAUAGUAUAUCAGAACUAAGUGAUUUUAAUAAUGAAGAUUCUCUGGCAAGCAGUGUAAUAUCAUAAUAGCAAAAAAAUGAUAAAGCCAUGGAAUCCUAUACUAUGAUAAUGAAGAAAUUCAAUGAAAUUAAAAUCAAUGAUGAAUAGAGUCAAGAUAAAAAUGAAAUGUAGCAGAAAUCUUAAUCAAUUGAAAACUUCUUAGAAUAAAAGGAACUUGAUGGAGAUAAUAUAUCGAAUUUAUAUAAGUGA